CAAAAGCCCAUAAGCUCAUACAAGAUCUUCAAUCUUUCAUUACCGUGUGAGUCACGGUGCAACGAUCCAUGCAUUUCAUGAAACACUUGUACAUUGGCAUUCGGAUAGAUUGCGGACUUUAUCUCAAGUCCGAGUCGGAUCAUCGCUGAGAAGCGCCACGGACGUGAGGGGGGGUUCACGCUGAGGGGGGGGAAAUAUGCAGUUGGACCGUGAACCAGGGAUUUGUAAGAAAUAAGUAUAUAAGAGCUGAAAACUCCUCGUGUCAUUCAUCAACUCAUACCAUCAAAAACAAUACUUACUCUCAAGAAAAAGUCAGUCACGUUCAUCAUGCCUUUCAGCCACGUUGCCCUCUCCGUCGGCGAACACUACGCCGAGAUGCGCGACUUCUACAAAGCCGUCCUCGCUCCUCUUGGCUAUGAACUCAAGUUUGAAGGCACAGGUGCCAAGGGAGCUCAGUACUGCAGUUUCGGCGUCAAGAACGGUAGUCCGGACUUUUGGCUUGGUGGCGGUGGCCCUGCGUUGAAGAAAUAUGACGGCAAUCUUGAGAACAGAACUGCGCCGGUUCAUGUCGCUUUUGAUGGUGACAAUCAGAAGCAUGUCGACGAGUGGUAUGAUGUGGCCAUUAAAGCUGGAGCUGUCGAUAAUGGAAAGCCUGGGCUGAGGGAGUAUAGACCUGGAUACUAUGCGGCGUUUGUUCUUGAUCCUGUUGGGAACAACAUUGAGGUUCUUCACCUGUCUUAAGCGGUGUAUUGGAUGUGAAAAGGUCGGCGUUGGUGUGUGGGAUGAAGAAUUGAAUGAAGUGAAGCCAGUGAACGACUUGAUAGUAUUGUUAUAAAAGUGUUGUCUUCAUCAAUUUCCCUAUCAUAGUCC